GUCAAAGCCUCCUUAGCCUGGUACCUUGGCUUGCUUUGAACACAGCAACUUGGUUUUGCCUCGAACCAUCGAAGUUACAGGCUUCAUUCAUCUUUUUCUCAAACCGUUACCAUACUAACUUACCUACAGUACAUGGUGGAUAGACUGACUGAUUCUUACUCCAUUUUCCCCGCUCAAUCCUCUUGAGCUACCUGCUUCCGUUCUUCAACAUCCUGCACUUCGUAGGCAGUAAGCUGCAACAAUGAAUAGCCUCUACUCCGUCGUCAACACCCUCCGCGACCGAUACGCACCGGUAUCGCACACAUCCACGUUUCGGCAAACAGGCGAAAUCACACCAGAGGAGUUCGUAGCGGCCGGUGACUACCUUGUCUUCAAGUUCCCGACGUGGAGCUGGGGAGAUGCAGACUCGGAGAGCCGACGAGCAAGCCACCUGCCUCCCGGGAAGCAGUUUCUCGUCACCCGCAAUGUUCCCUGUAACCGGCGGCUGAAUGAGAAUUUCGCCGGCGAUGCAGGUCUUGAGGAGGCUGUCGUCGACGAUGGUGACGAGUUCAAGGGCAGCAAAGGAGAUGAUGAUGGCUGGCUACGCACAGGAGGCUUGUCUAGCUCACAACCGCUCAAGGCCCGUGAGGUCCGGACUGUUGAUGAUGCGGGCAAUGCGGGCGAGCGGGCGCAGCCCGAUGACGAUGAUGACAUUCCUGACAUGGAGGAUGAAGAGGACGAUGAAGCGAUCAUUCGCGACACUGAUGCGUCGGGACAAACUAGCAGCCGUCGGACGUAUACCCUGUACAUCAUGUACUCCCCUUACUACCGGACACCUCGUCUCUACUUGUCCGGAUAUGGUGCCAACGGACAGCCCCUGCCGCCGCAUAACAUGAUGGAGGACAUCAUGGGCGAUUACAAAGACAAGACGGUCACUCUUGAAGACUUUCCCUUCUUUGCCAACAACAUCAAGAUGGCCAGUGUGCACCCUUGCAAACAUGCGCCCGUCAUGAAGACGCUCCUAGACCGAGCCGAUGCCGCACUGAAGCUUCGGAGGGAAAAGCUCAAGACUGGCGACGCUUCUGGCCAACAAGCGGGCCUGGAAGGAUUAGCCGAUGAGUUUAACAAACUUGGCGUCUCUGGAAAGGGCGAUGCUUCCAAGAUAGACAAGAAUGAUGAGUGGGAAGACAUUCAGCACGACGAUGUCGCAGAUCAGGAGGUUGCCAUUCGGGUAGAUCAGUACCUUGUUGUUUUCCUCAAGUUUAUUGCCAGCGUCACCCCAGGUAUUGAACAUGACUUUACGAUGGGCGUCUAGUUAAGACGACUCGUAUCGAACCCCUCGAGUGGCAUGGAAAUGUGGCUUGUUAUUUCAUUUUGACAGCUGGUCCAUUCCCGGACCCGGUAGUUUCGUGAUUUGGGCAACAGAACUUGUAUUGGCGAUCAUUGGAGAAUUUGGAGUUGGUUUGGCUUUCUUGGCGCAACAAGAUGGAUCUAACAUCGAGUAGCAGAAUGCAACAUCACGGUACUCGCUCGGAUAUCCAGAGAAAGGUUUUCUUUAUGGGAGAGCUGCUUACUAUAGACGUUGAAUGAUGAUGAAACUGUUUUAGUCUCG